AUGCAUUGGCUGCGCAGUGGAGACCGAAAUACAACCUUUUUCCACUGCUCGACUACUGCACGUAAAAAGUUUCAGCAAAUCCAGUUGCUCAUCGAUGAUAACGACAAUGAAGUCCGAGAGCACAAUGGUAUGUGCAACAUUGCGAAAGAUUAUUUUGACAAUUUAUUCCUUGCAGGGCAGGGGGUAUAUGAACCAGUACUGGAACUCAUUCAACCAACAAUAUCUGCAGAUGAUAAUAGUAAGCUUCUUUCUCCAAUUUCCAAAGAGGAGUUGUUCAAUGCCCUUUCUACCAUGCAUCCGGAUAAGUCUCCCGGUCCAGACGGAUUUAACCCAGCUUUCUAUCAGAAAUUUUGGCAUCUCUGUGGGGAUGAUAUUUAG